AUGUUAGAGAAUGAAAAGAUCCAGAAGCUCGAUGCUAACCAAUUAGCAAGACAGCGUAAGAAGAUAGAAAAGGAUAGAAGAAAGAAGGUAUAUGAUGAUCAACAAGUUCAAGGAACAAACAACUCUUCAAUCGUUUCGAAGAGAAGUGUUGAGAUGUUGUAUCUUACCAAACUUCAACCAGAACUAGGUGAAUGGUUUAAACAUUUUGUCAAAAAGGGAAAGAGAAGAUCCCCUGCUAUUAACCGAGGAUAUUGGAUUAGAAUGGAAACUAUUAUGCAAAUGGUUGUUAGAAUCAUGAAAUUAAACCCGAGUGGGAAAAUUCAUGUUGUUAAUUUAGGUUGUGGAUUUGAUCCAUUACCAUUUCAAUUAUUAUCGUUAUAUCCCGAUUAUGAUUUAAAUUUUAUAGACAUUGACUAUCCUGAUUUGAUCCAAAAUAAGUAUGAUAUGAUUCAACAAGCUGACGAGAUUAAAGGAGUUAUUGGUACCCAACUGGAAUCUACUUUAUGUAAAAUCUCAACCAAUAAUUAUAAACUCGUAGGAUGUGACUUGAAGAAUUUGAAAUUAUAUGAAGAAAUACUUCCUCAAUUAGUUGAAGGCGAUUCCUCAAUCAAAAUCUUUAUUGCCGAAGUUUCAUUAGCAUAUAUGAAACCAGAAUUUGCCAAUCCAGUAAUUGAAAUAUCAAGUAAAGUUUCCAACAGUCAUUUCUUAAUCUUGGAACAAAUAAUGCCAGAUUCUCUGGAUAAUGCAUUUGCAACUAAAAUGUUAUAUCACUUCAAUCAUUUAAGAAGUCCAAUUCAAUGUGUUGAACAUUAUUCUACAAAAGCUGCCCAAUUACAACGAUUCAAACAAUAUUAUCCAAAUGCUGAAAUUAAGAAUUUGUUUGAAAAUUGGUUAUACUUAAUAGAUGAAGAAUCUAAAAGAAAGGUAUUCGAAAUUGAGGAAUUUGACGAAUGGGAAGAAUUCAUAAUUUUCUGUCAACAUUAUGUAGUUGUUCAUGCUACCAAUUCUGAUCAAAUGAUUUAUGAAUGUGAAAAUGGUGAAAUUGAGUCCCAAGAAUAUCCAACCGAUGAAUCAGUUUCUAUGUCAUUAGAUGAUAGAUUUGAUAACGAGCAAUUGGAACUUAAAUUUCCGGCUGUGGCAGCAAGUGGUGACAAUAUCUAUAUCAACGGUGGGUUAAAGCAAACAAGAACUAAUGAAACUCUUGCAUUGGAUAUUAAAAAUGGUACCUUAUUGAAUGUAGCACAAGAUGAGAAUGCUCCUCCACCUAGAAUGUGUCAUACAUUGACUACUAUGGGGGACAAGAUGAUAUUGAUGGGAGGGAGAUCUAGACCAGGGUAUUCUUUCCAAGAUGUUUAUAAAUUCCAGGAUAAUGCUUGGGAAAAGAUCAGUGACCUUGAAUUGAAGCGUGCUAGGCAUUCUGCUGUUCAGCUAAAUGAAAGACAGAUAUUAGUUUUCGGUGGAUUGGAAUCUGGUACCAAUUCUGAUAAUUCAUUCAUGAUAUAUGACGUUGAAUCUGGCGAGAACAAACAUGUGAAAUUAAAAGGAGAUAAUCCCGGGAAUUUGGCAAGUUCUUCAAUUAUAUAUAAUGGAGAAUACGGUUUAAUUUCAGGAGGUAUAAUUGAUCAUUUUGUCCCAGUAGUGAAUGAUAAACUAUAUAAAUUUACAAUUGAAGGUGAUGUUAUCAAUAUAAAAGAAGUGUUUCAACAUCCGUUGUUGUCUAGGAUUGGAAGUCAGAUACGCUUCCUUGACCUGAAUAAACUUCUUGUUGUGGGAGGAAUAUCACCGUUGCAAAUUCUCACCCGUAGAACCAAUAUAAUGACUUUAGAUUUGACAAACUUCACCUGGAAGAGUUUUGAAAUUCCUCAAGAUAUCAGAAGUCAACAUCCUCCAAUAUUUAUUGGAUUUGGAUUGGUUGAAGAGAAAAGAAAUGAUGGGAAACAAUCAUUUGUAAUUGUAGGUGGUGGUGCAGUAUGUUAUUCAUUUGGAAGUUGUUUUAAUACAGUAUAUAGAUUGGAUAUUUUAUAG